AUGAAUACUAUUAAAUCGGGUAGUUUAAUUCACGAAAACGAUGCAAGAUCGAUAAACGAGACGGAGUUAUCCCACGCAGGAAGCAGAGCACGAAGCGUACAAGCAAAGCCACCACUGAGAGUGCGCCUAAUCGAAAAGGCGACGGCGUACUCGAAGAGCACGAGCUACAGAAGACACGUGUACUCAAAGUACACCUCGGACAAAAUGUACAGGAACGUGGAGAGGGACGAAAUACAAGGAGAAGCAAACAGAGCGCUGAUGCGCAAGGACUGCUUCCAGGCAAACUAUAACGACUACAUCCCGUCGAGCUUCGACAAGGUGUACGACAGAGACAGACUGAUCAACAUACCGUUCGACGACAUCGACGCAAUAGGAAGGCUGCAGCCGAACCAGGAGAAAAUGCUCUCAAUAAGUAACUUCAGAACGCCGUUCGAGUACCUGACCUCGAGCAUGAGCUUCGGAGCGCUGAGCCUGAACAAGAGCUUCAUCAAGUCGAACAUAACGCUGACGGCCUCGAACCAGUUCAGCAUCGGAAGCAGCGGAAUUAACCAGGCGAGCAUCGGGAGCAGCAUGAGUAACCAGAUGCCAAUCAACCAGUCGAGCAUCGGGAGCGGAGCAGGAACCCAGAUGCCAAUCAACCAGCUGAGCCUGGCGGGAAUUAACCAGAGCAGCAUUGGAAGCAAGUCUGAGAACGUGAUCGUGGACCUGAUCAAAAACGGAAUGAGCCCGGGAGAAGUGGCGAAGCUGUCGGACGUGUUCCAGUACCCGAGCUGUUUCAGAAAGGUGACGGGCUCGAUCAUCCCGUGGCUGCAAAGGCAGCUGAGGCUGGGCUACUGGAACAACAACUCAUCGCUGUUCAUCCUGUGCCUGACGAUGGCGCUCUCAGUGGGCAGCGUGGAGACGAUAUUCAAGCUCAACUCGACCUGGGGAGGCCUGAUCUUCCUGUUCACAUACCUCGUGGCCUUCCUGUUCAUCGUGCAGCCGAUGUUCUGCCUAGAGCUGGGCCUGGGGCAGCUAUUCAGGUGCAGCCCCUUUGAGAUAUUCGACAAGCUGGUGCCGGGCAUGGGCGGAGUGGGAGUGGCGAUGGUGAUCCUGUGCCUGCUGAGCGCGUGCAUCGCCUCGAGCAGGACGUGCUCGGAGUACCUGAUAUACCUGAGCAACGUGUUCAGAGAGAAAAUGGUGUGGACGCUCUCGGAGCUUGACGUGGAAAGGUGCGAAAGCCUGGGCAAAAACGUGCUCGAGUGCACGAAGCUGAACCCGCUGUGCUACAUCGUGGAGGGGCAGUGCAGGGCAAACAGACUUGGCAAGGCGUACCUGGCGUACCAGGACCUGUUCGACAACCCGGACGUGGACCUGGGCUACGUCGACUACAAGCUGGUGGUGGGCACGGCAGUGACCUACUUCCUGGUAUUCACGCUGCAGAUGAUAGGACUCACGAACUUCACGUUCUUCGCCUUCAUCCUGGUCGUGGUGAUCUUCUUCCUCUCGCACGCGCAGGUCUACUUCAGCACGCUGCUGGAGGGCUCGACGUCAUACUUCUUCGACUCAAUCACGAAGAUGGACCUGAAGAUGCUCUACAAAAACUCGAGGCUGUGGUCGCACUCGGUGCGCUGCUGCAUCUACGAGUACGUCAUCGGAAACGGGAUAUACUCGACGCUCGCGAGCAAGUCGCGCAUCGGGUAUGACCUGUCGUCGGAGGCGCUCGGCGUCGGCAUCCUCUCGGGCUACGUCACGUCGCUGCAGUUCUUCUCGGCGCUGGCGCUGGUGGGCUACUUCUGCCUGCGGAUGGGGAAGGUGCCGGAGGACAUUUUGUGGAUGCUGGAGCAGGACUCGUCCUUCGUGCUGCUGCCGAUGGGCUUCAUCGCCACGCACAACAUGGAGCGCACGCUCCUGGUGCUCCAGUUCUGCUCCUGCUUCAUCCUGAUCACGUUCACGCUCUCGAUUCAGAUCGAGGUGAUCAUGACGACGCUGACGCGGUUCGUGAAGGUGCGCAAGGUCUACGUGGCGGCGGCAAUAUCGUCGAUCAUGGUGCUGGCCUGCGUGCCGCUGUGCAGCAGGGGAGGGAAGAGGAUCAUCUGGUUCCUGGAGAUAGCGGUGGGGGACCUGGGCAGAGUGUUCAUGGUGCUGAUGACCUGCAUCGUGAUAGGCUGGUUCUACGGCUCCGAGGAGCAGAUCAAGAAGGUGGGGCGCCUGCCACUCUACGUGUUCAACGCGACCUUCUGGGUGGGGAACGUCGCAGCCUCGCUGGGGGAGCUGCUCGACGAGACGCUGCCGCUCUACGUGAUGUGGCUCUUCCGCGUGCUCGGAAUCCUGCUGGCAGUGCUGCUGUCGACACUGACGUACCUGCUGCGCCCGCCAAAGUCGACCGCGGCGGACUACGCGAACAAGGACCAGGCGGAAUACACGGUGGACAACAGCUACACGCUGAACAGUCCAUUCGCGUCGAUCAAGGAAAACUACGACGCGGCACUGUUGAAGGAGUACGAAAAGAGAAAGGCAUCGGAAGCGUACGAGGGCUCGGGAAAGCCUGCGAUUCCGGAAUUUGGGUAUCGCUCAGUCAAGUCGGGGCCAACGUCAAAGGCCGGCAGUCCCAGAAACCUGGUGAUCGCCAGCCACAUUGGCAGCAUAGGGCCUGAGCAGACGUACGUAAAGACCUACGAGGGGUACGAAAACAGGGAUGCAGGCUCGGCGGCAGGAGACAACUUUGAGCAGAUGGGCAAUGCUGCCAGUGUCGGAAAUCCGGACAACGUGAACAAAGAGACUCAGGAGAACCUGCGGCAGCUAAGGAGGGAGCGCAGGAAGCAGAGGACGAGGGAGCUGGGCGAGCUGAUGCUGACGCUGUUCAUAGGCAACAUAGAGGUGUUCAGAAGGGAGUUUGGGCGAAUCAGCCCGAUGAACAAGACGCACAACAUUUGCUGGUCGGUCGUGUGGUCGAUUUCGAUCAAGUGGGUGUCCUGCUGCCUCCUCUCGAACGCGCUGGCUGACAUCCUCGAGGAGAUCCUGUCCGCCGAGCGCGUGGAGAGGAACAUCCACACGAUCCCGACCAAGUUCAAGGUGCUCACGAUAGUGAUAUGGCUCCUGCUGAUCCUGAUCAUAGCACUCUACCCGCUGCUCAAGAAGUUCAUCUACAAGAAACGGAAGUUGGAGGUGAUCGACCUGUACGAACUGCCCUCGUGCCCUAGGGAAAUGACUAGGUUCAAGUUUAAGAUUGGGUACCUGUUUAGAGAGUUGUAUUAG